AAUAUAAUGCAAACACAAAUGACUACUUUGAACAUGUCGUCAUAAUAAUCAAGCAAUAAUCUAAAUAUACACAGCAAGACAAACAAAUGACAAAUUGUUCACUAUAGUUCAAACCACAACAUUCGACAAAAAGAUAUUAAUGUUGUACACGUGAAUACAUAAAAAGUUUAGUUAUUUUUUUUAAAUGAAAGUUGUAAAAAUAUUUAAAACAUGAAUGAAACAGACCAUUUUAAUGAAGAAGUAUCUAGUCAGAACGAAAAUGUUGGCAUUUUUUGCGAUAAUAGCAGCGCUACUGAAGAGAUGAGUGUAGUCUCAGAAAGUGUAUCAAUUAAUACAUUAAGUUCAUACAAUUCUGUUGCAAGUACUUCUCCUUCAGUUGAUGAUAAACGAAAAAGUGUUCACCUUUGGUUAAAUGCAAACCCUCCAUCUAAUAGUUGUGUUCAAAACACAUUUGUCGUUCAAAAAGGAGAAGUGGAAACUUUCCAGGCUGAAGAAAUUCCUGGUAAUGAUUUGUAUAUAUGUGAAGAAUCUAUUUCAGCAAAACUAAACAGCGCCGAUGAAGAACAAGACUUAAUGCGUGGCUUAGAUAUUGAUCCUCAUUACGCGAGAAUAAAAUCAGAGGUCAUGAGAGAGAUCGAAACAAAAGACGAUCACAAAAUGUAUAAAACAAAAGAUUUAAUACAUUAUUGGAAACUUCAAGUGGAAAACGAUAAAGUAUUUAACAAAGAUGAUGCAAAAAAUAUUGAUAAGGUUGACAAUGAUAAUGAAAACAAUGCAAAAAAAAGACGAGACUUUAAAAAAAAAAAACCGACUACCGUUAGAAAAUCGCUGAAACUGCGAAAUAAUUCUGAAGAAGAAAAUAAAGACUUUAAAAGAAAAAAAAGUUUUUUUAAACAUUUGAAUCCGAAGGGACAAUUAGAACGCAAAAACUCAUGGGGAACCAUUAAAGAGGCCCUCUCAGGGAUAACUAGCCCAAUUAUGAAGCGAAAAGCUCCAUUCGAAGAAAGCUUUAAUGGCCUCGAAACUGGAAUUUCUUUGAUUGAGAAAAAUGGUUUGAAUUGUUUAAAGUAUAAAGUUAGCGAAGUACAAGAUAAAUUUCCAAACGAUAAACUCGAUCUUGAUCUGCCUUUAGAAGAACAUGAUCCAAAAGCAUCACGACGUUUUCAUAAUGUUCUCACUUAUUCACCACGCCCUUCUAGAAAACUUAAUUCAAACCUUGCUACAGAUAUUGACUCUAGCCAUAAACAUUCAAAUGAUGAUCUUAACUACAGUGGAAACAAUUCACCAAAUAGCUCAACACGUCGACUCUAUGUACAAGAGGGACAAGUUAAGCUGACAUAUAUGGGCUCUACAAACGAAAGAUUUAUGUUUUUGUUUAAUGAUUUACUACUUGUUGCAAAAGCAAAGUCUGCAACAACUUUUAAACUUAAAGAUAAAGUUAGAGUCAGUGAAAUAUGGCUGUCUGCAGCAAUAGAUGACAUUGUUGAUACAACAUUAACAUCUGACAAAUGUUUUACAAUUGGAUGGCCAACCAUUAAUUACAUUGCUGGAUUUAAUACCUCUGAAGAAAAGGAUUUGUGGUUUAAAACGUUGCAAAAGUGUCGUGAUGAGCAACAAGAACGUCUUGAAUUAAAAGAGGUGACAGUAAAUGUAAUAAACAAGGUUAAUCAAGAAGAUAGUUAUUCUAUACAGACAGCAACCUUGACUGUUACUGUUAAACAUGAUGCGAAAGCAGUUGUUAAAAUGGCUCAAGAACAAUUUCAAAUCCAGCCAGAUGAAAAUAGUUUAUAUCAACUAUGGCUUGCGACAAAAGAAAUUCCUUAUCCAUUAAUAGGUCAUGAAAUUCCAUAUUCAAUUAAAGUCAAUCACAGUAGAAUUCGUGACUCUUUGCGUGAUGAAAAUUACAAUCCAUAUGAUCCCAUUGAUUUUGACUCAUCCUGUCAAUUUUAUUUGAAAAAAAGCAAACAAACAUCAACACGUAUGAGUUUAGGUGACUUGAAUAACCAAAAAAAGUGGAAAAAUCCUAUGAAAAAGUCCCCAAUUUAUCAUUGGGCUAUGAACAAGAAAACAUCUAAGUACAGUACUUUAACAGCACUUCCUGGAAAACUUUUUGGACUAAGUCUUUCAUGUUUAUCAAAUGAAGAAGAGUUGAUCCCAAAACCAAUUCAGAACAUUUUAGUGGAGUUAUUUCGUAGAGGACCUGGUACAACUGGAAUUUUUAGAAAGUCAGCACUUCAAAGAACAGCAAAGCAAAUUAGACAGAACCUUGAUAGUGGAAAAGAUGAAAAUAUGGAUAACACGAGUCCCAUUGUCCUAGCUGCUGUCAUAAAAGAUUUUUUCAGGUCAAUGCCCGACAGUCUUAUUUCAUCUUCCCUAUAUGAAAGUUUAGUAGCAACUAAGUCGGCUGCAAAUACAGAAAUGCGUCUAGAUGAAAUCAAAAGAAUUUUUCAACAAUUACCCAAAGAAAAUUAUGAACUGGCAUUAAAAUUUAUAAAUGUCUUGUAUCAUAUACAGAGAUUUUCAGAAAGAAAUAACAUGAAUUCAUAUAAUUUAUCAGUAUGUGUUUCUCCUAGUAUCAUGUGGCCCCCGCCCCCAUUGGCAAUCAAAAUGGAAGCUACCGAACAAACCAGCGGGACAACAGAUUUUGUUUCCUUUUUGAUUGAUAGUUAUUUAGCGAUUUUUGGAUCUGAAAAUGAAUAUAUUCUUGGGAGCGAGGAAGAAAUAUUGUUUAAUGAUGGUCCUGGUGAAGAUUCUGAUUCAGGAACGGAUCAAACAAUUUAUCGAUUAAAAGAUGAAACGGAUUGGGAAAAGUACGACUCAGAAAAAGAAAUAGAUAUACCAAGUACUCCUAUAGACAUGGUUUCACCUACAAAAAGUAAUUUGGAUUCUCCGUUUGCUUUAAGUGAUUCAAGCAUUUGUACAAUUGACUCUGACGAAGUAAAACAAAAUCCUGUUAAUCAUGUUUCUGCAUUGGCCAUGAAACCAAUGUUACAAGCUUCCGAUAAGCGCGAAUUAAGUGAAAAUGGUCGAUGCGACGUUUCUGACAGCGAAAACACUGACUUUAAUGAGAUAUUUCAAAGGAAUUUGCUUCGACAUCCAAAACACAAACGUGUUUUAAGUAGUAUAACGACCAGUGCAGAACUUAUUGAACACAGAAGAAACUUGAAAAUAGAUGAUCAAAUUUUAGAUCAAAAAGAGUUUUCUAAAAAUUCAAAAAGCUCGCAAGAUUUAAAAAAUGAAUCAGAAAUUGUUCCUAAAAAAUAUGUAAUUUCUCAUCCAGUUAUCAAACAUUUCUCGACAGAAUAUUCCGUAACACCCAACGUGAUAUUUCACUCAGUUGACAGGCGUCGUCAGCCUGCUGUUCCUUCUUAUGAGGAACACAUACAAAAAACUCAAACAAUGCAUCGCAUAACAAAAACAAAUGUCCGCAAAAAAUCAAUUCCUCCUGAUCAAGUUUUACAGUUAAAUGUAGAAAAUUAUAUCCCCCCUGUUCCCCCUAUUGUAGAACAUACAAAUGUACAUCCUCUGCGAUAUACAAACUCACCUUUUAUACAGAGUAAUAUAUCAUGUGAAGUUAGCCAUAAUGAAGUUUCAAAUAUUACUGACGAAAGUAAUUCAGAUGUCUCUUUGCGACAUACAAACUCACCUUUUAUACAAAGUAAUAAAUCAUGUGAUGUCAGUCAUGAUGAUGUUUCAAUUUGUAAUGAAAGUAAUUCAAAUGAUCAUUUGCGGCAUACUAACUCACCUUUUAUACAAAGUAAUAUAUAUGAUGAUAGCCAUAAUGAAAAUUCAAAUAUUUCUAAUGAAAGUAAUUCAAAUGUUCCUCAGCGACAUACAAACUCGCUUUUUAUACAAAGUAAUAAAUCAUGUGAUGUCAGUCAUGAUGAAGUUUCAAAUUGUAACGAAAGUAAUUCAAAUGUUCCGAAAGAUAAUAAGUCACCUAAUUUAACAUUUACUAGUACAGACCCCGAUUCAACUAACAUAAGACCGGUAGCAAUCGAAUCAUUGAUUGCAACUUUUCAACAGUUUUCUUCACCAGUUGAAAAAAAGACAAAGCGUCCAUCAGUUGAACGGCAGAAUAAUUCCAAGCGUAUAAUCAAAACAUGCGAUGUUGCACAAUUUGAAAACGAAAAUGGUUGCAAAAAAAAUUAUAUUGAACGUUCAUUAAAUUGUGUGACAACUUAUAACGCAGUUUCUGUAGCUUCAGAAGAACAAAAUUAUAAAAAUACUGUUUUACCAGAACCGAAAAUAAUAACUAAUUCAACUAAUCGUGUGUAUUUAUCAUCUAGACAAAAUGCCAUUUCAAAUAACCAAAAAACUGUACCGAAUUUGAAAGAUAAUGAAAUAGCAUGUUUUAAUGACGCGGAUUAUCCGAAUGAUAUCAGUAAAAACAAUAGUGAUGAAAACGGUUUCGAUGAUAAACUUAUAACACCAUCCCUUCCAGUAUUUAUCAACAACAAUUCACAUCAACUUCAUCCUUUUUCUUUAAAAUUAAAAUCAGAGGUUAAGCAAAGUCCACCUAAUAAUCAGGAUUUUCGAACCCAGUCUUUACAGCUCAAAAAAACUUGCUUAACACAACCACCUAAAAAAAUUGACCAAUUAACGAAUUGUAAUCUUAUAAAAGAAAGUCAAAAUAAAUUAAUAACGGCCCGAGAAUUAAGAAGAACUAAUAGACGAUUAAAAAAAGAGAUUCGAAAUGCUUUCAACGACGGUAAUUUUAUUUACAAAUAUUCUGACGGACACAAAUCUUCAGAAGACUUAAAUAGUUAUAAUUCAUCUCAUUGGAAAAGUGAAAACGAUAAAUUUAACCCAUAUGAAUAUAAUGAUAAUAAUAACAGAAUUACAAACCCUCAUACGAGUUUACUGACUCAGGAUGAAUCGUAUGUAUAGCGUAUACUCGAACACACACAUACACACAAAGACAUAUAUACUCGAACACACGCAUACACAAAAAACAUUUAUAUAUAUAUAGAGAGAGAAAUUCAAUAAAUUAUAAAUUGCUUCUA